AUGUCUAUCGUCAGUUUAGAAAGUCUCAAAGCACUAUACAUCAAGUUGCAGUCUAAUUAUGAUGUUCAGUAUGAUGAUGAUGAGGAGGAAGAGAUACAUACCUUUAAAAUUAGGGCAAAGAAUUUGGAGAGCCUUUUCAUUAACGAAGACAUAUUGGUAGAUUACAAAAUGGAAGAAUGGAUAUCUCUGGUUGAAGGCAAUAUUCAAAUUGGGUGGGAAGAUUACCAGUACAGCAUGGGUGGUAGAAUAUUCUUUAAUAAUGCUUUCAAGAUAAUGAGGGGAUUGACCCAUGCUAUGACCCUAACCAUUGGUGAGAGGACUACUGGGGGAUAUCAAUUCUUCCAUUUCGUAAUCUGUCAAUAUGUCUUCGUCAAUGAAAAGGCUCGCCAAAUUCUUUGCCUUAAUUUUAAAGAGUGUCUCCAACCAUUUGGUAGCGCAGUUGGAGACGCUCCGUUUGGAAAUGCAGGUUUAUGUGUAUGGUGUGAAUCCAAACAUAAGAUUUGCGUGGCAUCCACCCCUAGAGGAACCAACAUGUUUGAUGCAGACCAUCAUUAA